GCUCCAAUCACGCCGCUGGGCUGCUACAGCGAUGCUGACCCCCUCGAGUCUCAAGGCGAUUACGUAUUCCAGACGACAGGACACUGUCUCCUCGUCUGCCGGCGGUUGGAGAAGGCCGUCAUGGCCACGACCGGCGGGACGACAUGUUAUUGCGGGGACGACUUUCCGGCGCUGGAUGCCGAGGUCGACAUGCGGCAUUGCAACGUCUCUUGCGCGGGAUAUGGCUUGCAGACGUGUGGUGGGGUCGGGUUCUGGCAGGUCUAUCUUGUUGGA